AUGUACAAUUCGGGAAAUUCCUGGAAAUUCUUAUCAAGAGUUUCCAAAGUCCACGACCCUCACGAUGUCGAUGAAUAUCAGUCCUUCGAGCUCAACAGCUGCUAUUCCUACCAUGCUCACUUGAACGGUUCAAUUCCCCGAGACACAUUUCUCAGACUGCGGGCUUUAGCAGCUGGAAAACAUCCUGAACUGGCCUCCGACUUUUCGUUCGAUUCACACACACUGGACCAAUUUUUUGCUGCAUUCCAGAAUGAUAUUUACAAGGUCACAGAUAAUCCACAGGCCGUCACGACAGCUACUGUGUCUGUUUUAGAAUCUUUUGAAAAAGAUGGCUGCAUUUAUCUCGAGCUUCGUACCACCCCACGCGAUUCUCAAUUCAUGGAUAAGGCUCGAUAUCUCGAUACCGUCUUGAAAGCAAUCGAAUCAUAUGAUCAAACGAAGAUGAUAAUUCGAUUGUUAGUAAGCGUUGAUUGGAGACAUACCCCUGAGGAAGCUUUGGCUAUCAUCGACCUAGCCCAAAAAGAACGGGGACGUGGAAUUGUGGGUAUCGACGUGUGUGGUGACCCCUCUAAAAGUGGUAGGUACCGAGGGCUACUUCCGGCUUUGAGAAAGGCUAAAGAGGAGUACAACCUGAAGAUCACCGUACAUUUUUCCGAAAUCGAAUCCCAAGGACCGUACCUAGAUCAUCAGCUUAGAGACCUUAAACCAGACCGUCUGGGCCAUGCGACAUUUCUCACAGCCUCAGCACAAAAUCACGUCAUAGAGAACCAGCUACCAAUUGAGGUGUGUAUUACAUCCAAUUUACUUACCAAAACGGUGGAAUCAGUCGAGGAACAUCAUGUGAAAUGGGCAGUGAAUAAUGGAAUCCCUGUCCUCAUCUCGACCGAUGACACACUUUUAUUCGAUACCACUUCUUCAAAUGAGUACAAACUUGCUUUACAACUUCUUGGUGGAGAUAGAGCCUUGCUGCUAAACCAAAUUAAGAUGGGGAUUGAAAUCACUUUUGGAACGGACGAAGAUAAGGCCUGGAUGAGAAGUAAAAUAGAUGACUUCACAAAGGAUGGGCUCGAAUGUUCAUAG